UUCCUAAAAGAAAGAAAAUGGAAACCUGAAAUCGCACUUUAAGCUAAACAGUCGAGCGUCUUCCAGAGAAUAAUAGAAGUUGUACGAUAAUAUUGCUACUAAUAUCAUUGGACAGCAACUGGAUCUUGCUGGAGAUUGGAGAAUAUCCCUCAACCUCCCUUCUGAAUCAAUGGAAGGGUCUGAUAGUGUAGAGCAAGGCGGCAGUGACCAGCCAGAGUCACAGCGCAGAAGGCAGCUGGACCGCCUGGACAGAGAGGAGGCCUUCUAUCAAUUUGUCAACAAUCUCAGUGAUGAGGAUUAUCGUCUCAUGAGAGACAACAAUCUUUUGGGCACCCCAGGAGAGGUAACAGAGGAUGAACUGUUACAUAGACUUCAGCAAAUCAAAGAUGGUCCCGAACAACAGAAUAAUACCCCCAGGACUGAAAGUGCAGAGGAACCAGGUGAACAACCGGAAAGCUCUGAGGAUCCUGCUGGUGGGGAUAGUCUCCUGGACUGGCUGAACACAGUGAGGCGCACAGGCAAUACAACCAGAACUGGUCAUCGUGGGAACCAGUCGUGGCGGGCAGUAAGCCAGACCAACCCAAACAGUGGAGAUUUUCGCUUCAGCCUGGAAAUCAGUGUGAACCGCAACCUGGCUGAACAGCAGGGAGCUGCUGAAGGAGAGCAGGAGUCUCCAGAGGGUCAAGCAGCAGCAGCAGCAGCAGCAGCGGCGGCAGCAGCAGCGGCGGCAGCAGCAGCGGCAGCGCUUGCAGAUGCAAAUCCAAAUCCUAAUCCUAAUCCUAAUCCUGAACCACAGGUCCCUAUGGAGACAGAAGUGGUUGAAGAACCAGUUGUAGAGGAGCUGGCUGUCAUAGUGGAACCAGAGCCUGAAUUAGAAGAGGUUGUUUCACAGGAGAUACUGCCAGAACCCCCCAGCUCACCAGCUGUCCUUCCAGUGCAACCCACACUUCCUCCUUCUCCACGCAGAGGACAAAGGAGACCUCGCAGCCGCAGUCCAGAACCACGCAGGACCAGGGCUCGUACAGCCAGAAGUCGCUCUCCUCUCAACCUAGAUCAGCUGGAGGAUCUCCCUAAUCCACGUCACGCUCCCAGCUCGCAAGGCCCCAGCUCUGACACCAACGCUCCUCCUGUGCCUCCAGUGGAGGGCAGUUCUCGGACUCGACAACAUGUUCUGUCCAGGCAAAGCACUGCUGACAGUGAUGCUCAGCAGUCUAGGGCUGGAGCAGAAUCAGUCCCAGAGGCCCAAAACGUCAGACCUCAGGAAGGAGAAACUGCUGGAGGGGAAGGGGGUGCAGCUGGACGCCGCCCCCCUACUAUCAUGCUUGAUCUCCAGGUGCGUCGUGUGCGUCCAGGCGAAUAUCGCCAAAGAGACAGCAUCGCCAGUCGCACCCGCUCACGCUCCCAGAACUCAAACAACACAUUUCUUUAUGAAAGUGAGCGCGGUGGAUUUCGUAGGACUUUCUCACGCUCAGAGCGUGCCGGUGUGAGGACCUACGUCAGCACUAUUCGCAUCCCUAUCCGGAGAAUCUCUGAUGCAGGUUUGGGAGAGGCAACCUCAAUGGCUCUCCAGUCUAUGAUCCGGCAGAUCAUGACAGGCUUUGGUGAACUCGGAUACCUCAUGGAUUCAGACUCUGACUCUUCAGAUUCAAACCGUGGAGCCAGCACACCUGCGGAUCUCACUGAGACCCUGAACAACCCAGAUGCUACCACUGCUCCGACUCCUGCUGCUGAGGUUGAGGAACCACCUGUAGCUGCUGGAGUCAGGGCAAGGACAGUUGAGACUGAUAUGGAUGAGGGCCUUGCCACUGCUCCACCUGCCUCUGGUGGUAGGGCUCGACCUAGACCUCCUAUCAGCUUAGAAGAGCCCAGCUCACUGCCCUUCCUCCGACUUGCCCACUUCUUCCUCCUAAAUGAUGAUGAUGAGGACCAGCCCCAAGGGCUGACCAAAGAGCAGAUUGACAACCUCUCUAUGCGCAACUUUGGUGAGAGUGAUGCCUUGAAGACUUGCAGUGUCUGCAUAACAGAGUAUGCAGAAGGAAAUAAGCUACGUAAGCUGCCCUGUUCUCAUGAGUACCAUGUGCACUGCAUUGAUCGCUGGCUGUCUGAAAACUCCACUUGCCCUAUCUGCCGCAGGGCAGUCCUGGUGUCUGCCAACCGAGAGAGUGUGGUUUAGCUCAUAACAGACUGCAGGCCUUCUUUUCUCAACCUAAAUAAUCUAAUAUCCCAAGUCCAUAAGAGGCUUUGAGGAAAUGUGUCCCCACUGUUAAAAUGUAUUUCCUUCAUACCAUUUGUGAGUUUUAUCAUAAUGCAGUCACAGGUUUGGUUUGGGGUGCUCCAUGCAGUGGCAGAUAUUAAAUCUCUUAAAGACAUUUAUUUCUACAGUCCAAAGUCACACACAAGUAAUGCAUGCUGUUUGAAUCAAUCUGUAGUGACCAAGCAGUUUGAUGCAUUGCGUCAAGACAUGCGCACAAACAGACCUGUAUCUUAUAAAGAAUCCCCUGGUUGUAAAUGCUGCACACCUGCUGGUAGUUCAGGCACUUCUGUUCUUUUGUAUUAGCUACCAAAUGGCGCCUUUUACCAUAAGGUGGGUAUUGGUACAGUUCUUAGUUACACCAGUUCAAAGUAUUAGCUGUAAAUAAGCUUGUAAAAAUAAUUUUGAAUCAUACUUUGUAUCAGUAAAUUGGUUUUGGAUUGUAAAUUAUCUUAUAUGAAGAUUAGGGUUGUAUUGGCCAUAAAUAUCCUCUAUCAGAGCAUCCCUGAAUUCGGUGUUAAACAUAAAGCUGGUAUUAGUGUACACAGCAGAUCUGUUUAGAGAUUGUGAUGUUCAAAGGAUGUAGGACAUUAACUGGUUUGCCAUUUAAAUUGUGACUUGUACUCUCCCUUCUUUGUUCACCUGAAUCAAACAAUUUUCAGGUACAUGAAAAUUUGCAGUGUGCUAAAUUGUUUCAAAAGUAGAGGCAUAAGACACAGGUUGCUUUUGCAAGUGCAAGUUCAUUUUGAAAUUAUUUAACAUUUGUUUUUUUAUUUUCCUAAUCAUUAAAAAAUGACCAAAUAGCACCAUACCAGAAAUUAGGGAUGUCUCAAUAUUGGUAGUAGAUAUUGGGUUGAUAUGAAGUUGCUGGCAUGUGAAUUUUCACAACUCAAAAAUAUUAUAUUGUGGGCAUGACAUGUCAGAAAUGUAUAUGUUGUAGCUUUUCCUUUUCCCCACAUUUACUUUUUGAAUGUACAAUAAUGAUUCCUCAAUCAUUUUGUCAUUCUGUCAUCCAUCAACAACUGGUCUAAUUUUUCAUUAAUUAUUGAAUCUUCUAUAAUAAGUUCUAUAAGCUGGUAUUGGCAUAAAUACAUGAAAAAAUCAGAAAUUCACCUAAGUUGAAAUUCAGGCUUACCUUCUCAAGCUAGAAUAUAACUUUUUACCUGUGGGUUCACCUCAAUGUACAAGUCAUAUUUUUCAUCAUCAACACAAAGGUUUGAGAGUGUCGGGUGUAUACCAAGUCUGAAGAGAGUCACAUCAUUGUCCUUUUGUAAGGCUCCACUAGAAAGUCAAGCUGCUCGCCCACUGUGCCCUCCUGCCUCAUGUGCAGAUGCUCAUAUCAGUGUGCAAUACGCAAGUGAAAGUAGGGGAAUACAAACCAUGUUAUAAAUGUAUGCUAUUGUUAAAACUGUUAAUGGCUAAAAUCUUAAAUGAAGACGUAUUUGAAGUACAUUUAAUUUUAUUUAGAGGUUCUGUAGGUUUUAAUAGCACUGUUGAUAACAAGAUUACUGGCUAAAGGAAGAAAAGGGCAUCACUCCAGUGCCACCCUGUCAUGUUUCUUGUUUCACUGUUUGAUGUCUUUGCCACAAUUAUUACCUCCUUUUGUGGGGCAUAAAAGUUUGAUUGCAAGACAUUGUCAUUGUUGAAUACCAUUAACCUGUAAAUGAAAUGUAUGUUCCCUCUUGGGCCAUUCUUUCCUAGUUUUGGCCUUGAUCUGUGACCCACCCAGUGCAGUAUGUUAACUGGGUGUUAAAAUGAAACUAACCGCUGAAUUAAACAACUUGUUAUGCU